AUGACUACGAGCAUGGACACUGGAGGUCUUGCUCAAAUGACUUACAACAACAACAUGUCGCUUAACACUCCUUCCCUCGGCGUUCCGGGAUCUGGAUUUGCUUCUCGCGGCAAAGGCUCGCACAUCAAGCGUCUCAGCGUUCCGCAUCCUUCCAAACUUGACCAGUGGGAUGACCUUCAUGGUUCCAUCUCGACCCCGCGCACCAGCCGCUCUCACCUUCUUGCUGGGCUGAGGACUGCACCCAAGCAGCCUACCACCCCCUCCACUGCCCCAUUAAUGCAGGAGCACCAUCACCAGAAUGGGUUCGGCGGGAUGCAGAAUUACGGUGGUCACUCUAAUGCGUACAUGGGUGGUGUCCCUCAGACGGCCACGGGCGUUUCCUUCAAUCAUGCAAAGUCGUACAGCAGUGGAAGCACCGCCCAGACUUAUGGGCAGAUGUACUCUUUGCCUGAGCAUGUCCUUGCCCCACCUACCCUCGACCACAUCCUCGAGGAAACUGGCGAGCCCAUGGACGAGUCCCUGUACGCAGAGCUACAACAGGCCCAACACGGGAUGCAGCCCGUCGUUCAGCCCGUACCAGGAAAACCUGGCGUGUUUUCAGUGUACAAUCCAAUGACGGGACAGCAGAGCUUCGUCGUCGAUAACAGUGUAUACGAUGAUGUGCCGUUGUCUGCGGCACCAACUGCCACAGGCUACGAAGACCAGCUUCGCUCCCCUGUUGAGUCCCACACGAACAGUAACAAUAAUUUCCACGGACACACCAAUGGCAACUCGAACGGCAACGCUAACGGAAACACGCAUUCGAUGUUCCGUUCUUCCGCUCGUGUUUCACCUCCCCCAACGGAGUCCCGCCAGUCUCCCAUCCGUCAUCUCUCGUCAACCCCGUCAACCCGGAAUCCCACGCCUCCACGCGAGGCCCAAUCUCAAUUCCAAGCCCAGCACUCCGCCCGUCAAUCACCCCCUCUUCAAUCUCCUGCCCCUGGCCUCAAACGUGACCACAAGAAAUCCCUUUCAUUGGCCGUCAAGCUGAUCAAUGAGACUACCCGCUCUAGCGGCACGGGCUCAUCCACGCCAAAGUCAGCGAUGUUCCCACAAACUCCUGCUUCCGCUGGACCUGGCACUUUUGGCCCCGGCCAAGCCCGCGCUGGUGAACACGCAAUCCGCCAGCCCCGUGGACCUCCACCACUCGAGGAGCUCGUUGCCAAGCCCACGACCAAGCACGAGGGAAGCAAGAACUUCGCUACCCGCCAGCGCCGGAGGGCAGUCCACAGUCUUGUCCGUGCUAGGCUAGAGCGGAACACCUCCACCUCUACCUCUAACGGUAACUCGCAAGCUAGCACAGGUGGUAGCGUGACUCCCUCUAGUGAGCAUGGUAACGAGCACGAUGGUGAUGGUGACUUCACCUUUUCUCCAUCCGACGGUGACGCGGAUAGUAGUUCCUCUCUAUCCGGCAGACGGAGCCUAGGAAGCUUGCGUGCCGCUGCCAAUGGAGCAAUCGGGUCUGAGAGAAAGCAAAGCGCUAGCGGUAACGGCAAUGGAAUGGGAGAACUUGACGCUGGACGUAGGAAGAUGCCGAUGAUGAUUCUGUCGAACGCGGAGAAGAGGAAGAGCCCUGUCAUGUAG